GGCUGGGCGGCCGCGCGGAGCCCCGCACCCACGGCCGGGCCCGGGGACCCGCAGCGCCGAGCCCCCGAGCGGAGCCAGAGCCGGCCGCGCCGAGCGGGCGCCCCUCGGCCACCAGAUGUUCGCCAUCCAGCCAGGGCUAGCUGAGGGGGACCAGUUGCUGGGGGGCCCGCCUCCUGGAGUAUGUCAGCCCGAGCUCCAACCAGACAGCAACUCCAACUUCAUGGCAAGUGCCAAGGAUGCCAAUGAGAAUUGGCAUGGGAUGCCAGGCAAAGUGGAACCUAUCCUGAUGAGGAGCUCCUCAGAGUCACCCUCUGACAACCAGGCCUUCCAGGCCCUUGGACUCCCCGAGGGGGGUUUCCGCAGCCCCCCAGAGGGGGCAGAGAUUCCCGAGGCUGAGCUGGAGAAGAUGGGUGGUGCUGGCACAGUCUGCUCCCCUCUGGAGGACAACGGCUAUGCCAGCAGCUCCCUGAGCAUCGACAGCCCUAGCAGCAGUCCUGAGCCUGACUGUGGGACCCCUCGAGGCCCUGGCCCUCCCGAUCCCCUUCUGCCCUCAGUGGCCCAGGCUGUGCAGCAGCUGCAAGCACAGGAGCGCUACAAAGAGCAGGAGAAGGAGAAGCACCACGUGCACUUGGUGAUGUAUCGUCGGCUAGCACUGCUUCAGUGGAUCCGGGGCCUGCAGCACCAGUUGAUUGACCAGCAGGCCCGCCUGCAGGAGAGCUUUGACACUAUCCUGGACAACCGAAAGGAGCUUAUCCGCUGUCUCCAGCAGAGGGCAGCACCAUCCAGGCCCCAGGACCAGGGCUAAGGAUGUGCCUCCACAAGUGUGCAAGGAUAUGUGUGUAUAUUUGCAGGUGUGUGUGUGGUUGUGUACAAGUAAGUACAUGAUUAUUUGCUGGCAUGAGUGCAGGUAAACAUAAGUGAGUAUGUAUGUUCUAACAUGUAGGCAGGUGUGUGCAGGCAUGUGUCAAUGAGCUUAAGUGUGCUGUGUACGCACAUAACUUAUAUGCAAACCUGUGUGUGGGUGUGUGAGAGUGAACAUAUAUAUGUGUGUAGCAUGUAUGUAAAUUUGUAUAUACAUGUGUGAACAGAUAUCUAGCCUUGUGUAUAUGUGUGCAUAUAAGUGAGUUUGAGUGUGUAGGCUUGUGUUGGGUGUAUGUAAAUGAGCCCUGUGUGUGCAGCCUAUUUGUAGGGGUGCAUGUGUGCAGGUGUAGGCAUGGGAAGUGUGUGUUAGGAGCAUGUGUAUCUGCAGGCAGACUUCAUGAGCAGGUGUUUGCAAAUAUAUUCAGUUGCACUUGUGGGGCAUCCACCCACACCCUAUGUUACCCAUGGCCUACCCCAGCCUUUUUUCUCCACUGGGUCCCACUACUUCCUAGAAAGAGUGGGCUAGCCUGCUGCCAUUUAUCUGAGGGUUCUGGCUGAUCCAUUCUCCUGGGGUUUCCCAGGCCACCUCUCCUCCCUUGCCCUCAUUUAACCCAGACCUUGCUCUGCUAAGGCUGUUGUCCCCCUUGCUGGCUUUGCUCUAAGAGGUUUAGUGGCUGCUCUGGCCUGCCAUGGCAUUUGGCUGCAAUUUUGUCAGGGCUGAUAAUGGAGAGUUGGUAUCAGG